GAAGACCCGGAAGACUGAACCUUAAUAUCACACUGUGUUUCCAUCAUGAGCGAACCAUCAACUGAGCCCCAACCAGAGGACGAAACAGGAGACAUGUCAGAUUUCAGCGAUACGGACGCACUGUUAGCAGAUGCCUCAAAGUAUGGGACGGCCCUUUCGAUAAGCUUGUGUACGCUGGCCAUUGUAACGUUCGUACUCAUUCGAAGGUACCAACCAAAGCUGGCAAAUCGUGUGUCCCUUCGUUUAGCGAUGGCGGGGACAAUUUGUGACAUUCUAUACGCCAUCAGCGUUCUGCUGUCUGCCUUACCUACUGGUCCAUCCGCCCUGUGCACUAGUUCCAUGUACCUGCAAAUCGUCUUUCUCCUUCUGUCCCUUUUCAUUACAGCCGCAAUUGGUUUGAAUGUUUUUCUGAUAUUUAUCCUUCACAUCCGAUCUGUCAAGUAUCUGGAACGCUUGUAUUACGGUGCUGGAGCUGUACUCGCCAUUAUCAUACCGCUGCCUGCCCUUCUUACGGGUCGCUUGGGGUGGGACGGGACUGAGUGUUGGUACGCUAACGAUCAAAGCGAGGAAGACGUUCGAAUUACCUUCUACUGGCAAUGUGCCACAUACUACUCAUGGGUUAUCCUCGCUGUUGGAUUUUGUGCUCUUUGCACCAUCCUAUUCUGGAUAACCACCCGCAAACCACCAAACGAUGCGAUUCCACAGUCCGAGAUUGACCAACGCGAGAGUGGAACGUUCCGUGAGACAGAGCGCCUUUUGCGCAUGGCCGUAAAUCGUAUCAAAUGGUACUGCGCAGUACCUCUUAUAGCCCAGAUUUUCUCUUUGGCUGCGGAUAUCCAAUACUACAUUUACGACUCAACACCGCUAGGGCUUUGGUGGAUGGCUAAUUUCAUGUCUGGUUUUCAUGGUGCCUUGAACACUAUUGUAUUCUUCGGCUUUGAUCCAUCCGUCAGGCACGCUGGGGAUAAACUACGGGCUUACCUUGUCUAUCAUUAUUACCUCCGGUUGCACACAGUCGAUACUUUCCGCUCAACAUCAGUGCACUCUGUGCAAUCCCGUAGCCCACUUACCGAAGUUCCAUCCGUCGCUCUCUCGAGCGAGGCUUCAACACCGCGCCUAGAUAAAGGGUCUAUGUGGUCCUCGCAACGUCUCAACCGACCCGCCGCAAGCGCUGCAAGUUCUCCAGUGGACGAAUUGCCUUUAAAAGACAGCACCGAACUCAAGCUACGUUCCCAACCUUCCAAUAAACUAGCUUUCCAUUUUGUGCGCAUCUUCCUCUUAAAGGACGCAGACAAAGCCAAAUUUAUCAAGCAGAAACGCAACCAGAUGCAGAAGCGCGAAGGUGCGGUUAUAUCAAGAGCCAACACCGUCCAGAAGUUGGAUCAUUACGGAUCGGAAGCUCCAUCUGAUUCUGGUACGGGGGUAGUUAAGGCGAUGAUGGAUUCCAUUAAUGCAGCUCACGAAAGACAACCGGAGGCUAUAGAACUUCUCUAGCAAUAUUUUUCACCGAUGUAUACCCGGCUUUCGUUCCCGUUCUGAUUUGUUGGUUUAUCAUAUUUCUAAGACUAGUUUGUGUAAUGUUGUUGGAGCUUUUUUUGCGAUAUCUCGUUUUCAUGAUAUAAUUUAGUUUUUCAAUCACUUCUGA